CUUCACAAAUCUUUGCUUUUGACUUUUGAAAAACACAAAAACAAUUGAUUGAUUACAGGUAGUGCUGGCCUGGGUUGGCAAAUUCAAAUCCCAACGUGAGUUAUCAGAAUAAACUUCAUCUGUUUUGGGAAAAUAAUGUUGAUUAAAAUUAAUCACAACACAGAAAAGUAGUUGAUUUGCAUGAAUGUGGAAAAACCAUGCUCAUAUAUGUUAACUGCUUUACUCAACCUUGGGAUUAUUAUAACACAUUGUGAUUAACAUUUUUAUUAGAAAAAGAACAAUGAAAUUGUUGUGUUUCUGUAAAAUUUUCUAAAAGUAAUAAGGUUAUUGACAGACAGGUUACCCUUUAAGACAUAUCAAUAUAGGAACAACAUGUUGGCACUUAAACAACAAACCAGUAAAUAAACCACAGAUUACUGUAAAGCUACAUAAUGUCUACUUUGAUAUGUGAAAUGUUUCAACAUGCUGAGAGUUCUUACAAAACAAAGGAAGCAGUCAAAAGAACAACCACCUGAUGUAGUAAAGAGAAAAUUUCACUGCCAACUCUGUUAACAAUUUAGUUAUGCUAACUUUUUUUUGUUUAGACACAUAAAAAUAAGACCUGUUAUGGCCUGGCCUUUGUCCAAUGUAUGCUGAACUUUGCUCCUGCCCACCAAACAAACAAACAAAAAAACCCAAUUCCCCAUAACUACCACUUGUCUGUCUUAUGACAUUCUGCCAAAAAGAAGAACUGAAUGCCAUUGACUCACAGCUGGAUGGACUGUCUCUGAAACCAAACCAAAGUGCACUCACAAUGACCUUACAUUUAGACCUCUGAGGCGGUUUGAGUUUCAAACUGAGACAAGGUGAACACUGUCUACAAUAGACCUGAUAAAAUAAUGGAGGAAGAACUGAAUUAUGCAACAGUGACUUUCAACAAUAAUGGCACUUUUAUAAAUGACAAACCAAACAACCUGGAAGUAAUCUAUGAUGAGGUGAAGACUGGGGAGCAAGCACGGGAUACGAAUCCUGAUUUUCCAGAAAAUGAAAAGAAAGCUCUGGUGCAAUGGCCUACUCUGCUCCAUCUGGUGGCAGCAAGUUUGGGGAUUAUUUGUGUCAUCUUGGUGUCAGUCGUCAUUGCCCUCAGUAUACACUUCAGCACAAUCAUGUCAGAGCAGUACAGAGAAAACAUCAACUUAACAGCAAUGAACCAGCAGCUGUGGACUGAAAAGACCGACUUAGAGAAACAGACAGCAGAGCUGACAAGAGAGAAAGACGGACUCAACUGGACCAUCGGUGUCAUCCUGGAAUAUAAGAACUUCCCAGUUAAUACCCACUGCCCACAGAAAGUGUGUAAACCUUGUCUAGACGGCUGGGUGCUGUUUCAGUCGAACUGUUACCUGUUUUCGAAAUCGAAUUAUUACCCUGAAUCGAUGGGUUGGCAGGGAAGCCGUGAUCAAUGCAAACAAAAGAUGGCAGAUCUGGUGGUGAUCGAAAGCCAGGAGGAACAGGAAUUCAUCAAUAACCAUACAAAAGACUACAAAGAUGAAAUGCAUGGUUAUUGGAUUGGUUUGAGCUACAGGAAUACAAUGGACACUUGGAUGUGGGUAGAUGGAAGCAAUUUCACUUUGAUGUACUGGGUAACACAACAACCAGGAAACCAGGGAUAUUGUGCUCUAACUCUGCCACGUGCAGAUCCUCUCGCCAACUGGCACAAAGUGAACUGUAAUUUGAGGAACCGGUGGAUCUGUGAAACUAGAGCCUUGAUCAAACCAGACGAGGAAUCAGCUUCAUUAUCCAAAUAGAUUAUGUCACAUUUAUUUAUUAAUCUAUUGGCCUACCAGGACAAGUUUUUUUGUGUGGUGUUUUUCCAGAUUUUUAAAUUUUUUAAAUUAUGUUGCAAUUAUUAUGCAUGUUUUCUUUUUGUUGUCUUUUUCUAAUUUAUUGCAAGUAUCCAUUUCUACAAAUGUUGCAGUGUACAUCACCUUUGAGUUAUAUUUAGCAUGCUUGAAUGCACUUUAUAUCAAAGAGAUAAGAAUGCAAACUGAACGUCAUCUAUCAUCUAUCUACUACAAUCUAAUGCAAUCCAAUAUCACGGCUUUGCAACUGAAGUUUAUAAUGUAUAGGUGUUUAGGAUAAAAGAAUUGUUAAUUCAAUUAUAUGUUUUAGCAUUGAGGCCAUAGUAAUGUUGUACUGGAAUUUAAUUGAGAGAAUUGUUGUAUUGCAUUCCAAUAGACUUAAUAAAGUAUCCACUAAGUGUCAA